GUGAACUAACGCAAGAAGCCGAAGCUCCUCUGUGAGGGAUGAAUUUUUAAUAAAGACUGGUUAAUUUGACCAGAUGAGUAAUUAUAUUUCUGUUCGGCUUUAAUUUAACUACCAAAGAUGGUAGUUAACCCCGAGCUGACUCAGGGGCUGAUUCAGAUUGUAAAAGUGAACUACGGAGAAGAAAGGCUUUGUUGGUCCGCUAGCUAGUGUUAGCUUUCGUGAUGAUGGGCGACUAAGAAGAAGCUGAACAUAAAGUUACAGUGAGUGACCCUUGAGAGGACUAUCUUUUAAAAACGCGACGAGAAAAAGGGAGGUUUGUGUGUGUGCCUUUAGCUACCUCCGAACCGCGUCGGCACUGUUUACACGAUGAAGAACUGCGAGUACCAGCAGAUCGACCCGCGGGCGCUGUCGGUGACCCCGCUGUCGGCGCAGAAUCACGGCGAGAAGAAGGCGCAGUCGCCCCGGAGAAAGUGGGAAGUGUUCCCCGGGAAGAACAGGUUUUUCUGCGACGGGCGGCUCAUUCUUGCCAGACAGAGCGGUGUCCUUCCUCUGACACUGGGCCUUAUUGUUGUCACCUGUGGCCUUUUCUUUGCAUUUGAUUGCCCAUUCCUGGUGGAGCACCUGACCGUCUUCAUACCUGUGAUCGGCGGGGUGCUUUUCGUGUUUGUGGUGAUCUCCCUGCUUAGAACCAGCUUUACAGAUCCAGGCAUUUUACCCAGGGCCACUCCAGAUGAAGCUGCAGACAUAGAGCGGCAGAUAGAUACCUCAGGAUCCUCUACGUACCGCCCUCCUCCGCGGACCAGGGAAAUCCUCAUCAACCAGCAGGUGGUAAAGCUCAAAUACUGCUUCACCUGUAAAAUGUUCCGCCCUCCUCGCACCUCCCACUGCAGCCUGUGCGACAACUGUGUGGAACGAUUUGAUCACCACUGUCCAUGGGUGGGAAACUGUGUGGGAAAACGCAAUUACCGUUUUUUCUACAGCUUCAUCAUCUCGCUGUCUUUCCUCACGUCUUUUAUAUUUGGCUGUGUCAUCACACACAUUACCCUACGUUCUCAAGCAGGUAAAAGCCUUGUUCAAGCCAUUCAAGAGAGCCCUGCAAGUGUGGUGGAGUUGGUGAUUUGUUUCUUCUCCAUCUGGUCUAUUUUGGGCCUUUCAGGCUUUCAUACCUACUUAAUAGCCUCUAAUCUCACCACAAAUGAAGACAUAAAGGGAUCCUGGUCAAGUAAAAGGGGUGCAGAGGAGUCUGAAAACCCAUAUAGUUAUAACAGCAUCAUAACCAACUGCUGUGCAACGUUAUGUGGCCCCAUGCCUCCAAGUCUGAUUGACAGAAGAGGUUUCCUUCCUCUCGAUGAGCCGAUCCCUGCUGCUUCUGCCUCAGAGACAGAGCUACCCCCCUUCACGGCCAAGAACGACGCAAACAUGUGCACUCAGAGCACAAAGGAUGUGCUGGAGAGGGUGGUCCACUCCUCAGACUUUCCUGACCUGUGCUCCCCUGGGACCCCAAAGACUACCCCUCAGGUCCUGGAGGUUUCUAACAGCGCAGCCCCAAUCACGAAGCCUUCACCCUCUGUUGGCUGCACACAGCAGUGUGCCCGCCAGCCUGCGGCCACUGCUUGCCCCCCGUUCGGCCGAAGCAACAAGAGGGACUCGCUACACUCGAUCAAUCCGGCCUUCCGUCUGGCUUCUCCUUCACCUACGCUUAGCCGCACCACCCUGAUGUUAGGUGAUGCACCCGACACUGGCUUUAAUCCACUGAACUGAGUGCAUCCAGUGGCUUUCAGAGAAAUGGAGUGGACUUGCUCUGCUGCAUUGCUUGACACUGGUUUAGCUAUAAACUCUUUCAUUGUGGUGGUCAUGAUGCAUGUUGCAAUUUGUUUUGUCAAGAUGUCAUUGUGAGGAGUAGAUUAAGUUACGUCACCAGUGUCACACAGUAUGUGUCCUUCAGAAUUUUGGUAAAUCUUAGUAACACUUGGAAGCACAAUAUAGAGAUAUUUUUUUAAACACCUUUUUUUAAGACACCCAGAACAUGCCUCCACAACCUCAGCAGAACCUCAGUGUUUAAGUUCCUGCUAUUACCUUAUGCAAACAGGUAUGAAAAUCUGGGUAUACGUAUAUUUAGACUGUGGAUGCAAGUAGUACAGAAACGAGUUUUGAUUUACGGACCUGCCGUGCUCUGGAUAGUGAGCCAUUUCAGGAUUAUUUAUUAAAUAUAUCAGGAUUAUCAAUUCAAGAGUUGGCCUUAUGUCUGGUUCGGUUAUGUCCUGUCCUGUCAUUUCCUGUGUAUAUCUACGUGAGCGCGCUGUAAUCGGGUGGAUCCAGUUUAACAGACUGGAGAAAAAUUAAUAAGCAGAGUUUGAAGGGUGGGCAAGGUACAGUUUUUAAUUUUAUUUUUUAUGUCUUCAUUUCAGGGGUUUUGUUGUAUUUAUUGAUCAGUUCUGCAUGUCUUGCAUAUCAAAAAUGACGCGUUUUUCUGGAGGUGCAUCACAUUUAGAUGAGAAAAUAUAUUUGACCUAGGUAAAGUGGAGCUGAUUUGUUUGGGUUUUACCAGGAAAUGACCUCCUCAUAUUUAUUUUUUUAUGGUUCAGUCUGUUACUCAUACUUUAGACAUCAAAGGAAAGUGUUUAAAUCAAAUUUGCUGCUUCCCACCAGGAUGUGGAUGGCAGUAUUUAUCACUGUUUAGUAUUAAUGUAAUCUACUGGGCUGCUUUAAGGGUGGGUGAGCAUAUGUUUGUUCUUUGCCUAAGGGCACACAGACUGUAAGCUGCCCGCCAGGAGUUUAUUGGUUACCGCUGGCGCUGUUAUAGCAGAGCAGUGUUUCGGGGUAAGACCUCUUUCAUGGCUGUGACCUUGUUCCACUCUUGCAGCAUGAAAUUUGAUCCCCUUUCUGUGAUGGUGGAGUACAGUUUUAUUUGAGAGUAGAUGGCAGGAGCUAUUUUGUGCCACUAGAGGGCGUGAUAUGAACACUGAUUGGAGUCGAGUCUGAACAUGAAACGGUUCGGGGAGUGGGGGGAGGCCUUUCUGUGUUUUAUUUAAUCAAGUUAUAACUGAGCUUUGAAGCCAUGUGUAGAUUGUGAGUUUGUGAAGAACUCCAUUGCCAUAGUGGGUCAUUCAUUUAUCAUUAUCAAGACUCAUCGGUAGAGUAGGCAAUUACAAGCAGUGCUUGUAUGAACAAAUGUUUGUAUUUUGUAUGGUGUAACAGUGGAGCUGUGACAUUUGAUCAAUAAAUAUGAUCAGAUUUGGUGA